AAACCCUGGACCUUUCAAUCCGACAUUCUAACCACUGAGCAAAACUAGCCAGGGCCAGAGCUAGGAUUUGAAUGAGGCAUUUUUAAUGCUGGAGUUCAUGUCCUGAACCACAAUGCUGGAACCAUAAUUCUGACCAUGGCAAUCAAGACAAAAGAGGAUCACCCAGGUUUCAGUGUGAAGAAUGAGUUGUUUCGUGGACACAUUUUUUUUACCUUAAGUUCAGAGAGAAGGCUGUUAGGCAUGUGGGGGUUGGGAGUUCUUUGUUCUGUGACACAGUGAUGACAUCAAGAUAAACUGCCACUAGGCUGAGAAAAAUGGACUGGCUGCUAGAGGGCUUGCUUGGGGCUGAGGGGGACAAGGGGCCUCUCUGGGGCCAGCUGACCCAUUCCCUCGCCUGCAGACACUGUGGCAGCAGUUGCCUCCAGAGUACAGGGAAUAUAGUGAUACUAUUCCUGUUCAUGGUUUGGCAGAUCCGGAGGUGGUGGCAACUUGGGAACUGGCGACAUCUUCAGCCCUGGUACUCUGGAGACAUCAUGCAAGGCAAGGGCCUAUCACUUCUAUACCAUGUGGCUUUCCUUGGUCAUCUGUGGAGGCAGAAGUCGGAGGAGGAAGAAGAGGAAGAAGAAGAGGAGGAGAAAGAGGAAGAAGAGGAGGAGGAAGAGGAGAAAGAAGAGGCGGUAUCUCUGGGUCCAUUGAAGCCAAAUUUUCGUCCCAAAGAAGCUCCUAUUGGACAGCGAGCCACCACAGCUCCAUCCCAACCAUCCUGUGACCCUGAGAGCCUCCACAAGGCCAUAGAGACAACAGAGUUAGUACUCAGACAGACCCCAAGCCCUCCUAGAUCAUUCCCCACCUUUCAGAUCCUGACCAACCUGCCUGUGAGGCAUAAGACAUCAGGGAGUGGUCUACAGCAGAGAAAAAGCCAGCUCUUCUGGGGACUCCCUUCUCUGCACAGUGAGUCCUUGGAGGCCAUCAUCCUGAGUUCAGGUGGCCCCUCUCCCCUGAAGUUACCUGUUGGUCCUUCGGUCUGCUUCAACAAGUUUUCCUUCCUGCAUAGGUCCAACCUGCUGUUUCCCCAGUAUUGGUCCCCAACCCAGCUUCCUACCCCUAAAGUCCAUACUACAAAAGAUCUGGAAGAGAUGGCCCCUAAUCCUCAGCAACGUCCCUUUCCACUUUCCCUUUCUGUCCCAUCACCACCCCUCCAUCGUAAGUGCUUCCCCAUAGACCACAAAGGAGUCCAUGCUGGUGCUGAGGCACAUACAGAGUGGCUUCUGUGGCAGAGUGCGGCCCCUCAGGAUUCUGAGGAUCAAGCCCUGCACCCGCAGCCUGAACUACAAAGAACCAGACCCUCAAAUGUUUCCCCCUCAUCUGAGGCAGAUCCACUCUCUGCCUCUUUGCAGUCUCCCUCUAACUUUCUGGGAGUCCUGACUAGGUUUGAGGCCCCAUGGAGGACCAUGGUGCAAAAGGAGAACCCCAAAGCCUCUGAGACAGCAAUGCUAGUUCCCAGCCCAACCCCAGCCUCUCUGCCAGAACUCCAGGGAGUCAGCCCUAAAGAAGACCUGUAUGGAGCUGAGGACCACUUGGAAAACAGACGACAAAAUGAGAAUCCUCAGAUUUCUGAGCCUCCAAUCCUGGUCCCUUUCCAAUCUGUAGCCCCCAUAACAGAGCCUCAAGGAACUAGACACCUGGAAGUACCCCCUGGAUGUGAGUCUCAGUGGAGAACCACAGGACAUAAACAGAGUUCUCAAGCCUCUAAGCUCCCAAUGCCAGCACCUUACCAAUCUGAUUCUCUGUCAGAACCCCAGAAAGUCAGCUCUGAAGGACCACCUACAUCUAAGGACUUCUGGGGAACCACAGAAUACACACAGAAGCCUCCGGCCUCUGGGUAUCUAAUGCCAGCCCCCUGUCCUCCCUCAGACCUCCAGCAAGAACUCCAGAGAGGCAGUCCCCUGGGAGAUUUAUCUGGAUACAAGCCUCACUGGGGAUGCAGAGGAAAUCCACAAGCUUUUGAGCCCCCAGCCUUGGACCUCAACCUAGGAUUCUAUGGAACCAGCCCUGCCUGUAUCCCAUCAGGAUCUGAGACUCUAUGGGAAGGCAUGCAAAAGAGAGAACAUCUUUGGGUCUCUGAAGACUCAGUUUCAUCUCCCAGCCUUCCUUCAGCCUGUCUGCUGGAGUCUCUAGGAAUGGGCCCCCAGAGAGUCCUAUCUAAGUCCAAGGCUUUGGGGGAGACUAUGAGGCAGAUAGAGAACCUCUGGACCUCUGAGUCUACAACCCCUUCAUCGGGGGACAUGAAGCAGAAAAAUAUCUGUUGUGCUCCUGUGUCCCCAUUCUGGGAUCCUAGCCCACAUCCAAACUCUAUGUCAAAGUCUCACUUAAGUGAGCCUAUAAGAGACCAAGGGGGGGACGCAUUGGAACAGAAAGAGAACAGCUGGGCCACUGAGCAACCAGCCCUAUCUCCCAACACACUUUCUGCUCCUCUAACAGGUCCACACAUUGACCCUGAGUUUGUCUGGAGGUAUGUGCAACAAAGAGAGAGCCCCCAAGGCCCCAGUCCUCCAAUAGUGGAUCCCCUGCAGCCAAUAAACUGGCCUCCCACCCUAGCUGAAGCUCUGAAGACUGAGCCCAAUCAGCCUGGUCUACCCAAGGAAGAGCUGUUCCCAGGAGCUAAGGCACAGGUUCCACACUCCCAGAGAGAGGCUGUCCUAGAGAUAUCCACCCAUUCUGGGAUCCAGGCUUGGCACUGGAGUAGAGAAUUAGAACUCAGGCUGAAGAAACUACAGCUGAGCCCUGCUCCCAGAUCCCCUGGUCCAAGUCAAUCAUUUGGCAGUUCCCCUGCCCUGAGCUCCACAACUCCCAGCACUUGGAGACUCUCUUCCUGUUCUUCCCAGCAGACUUAUCCCCCCAGUCUGUGCUCCCAGUCUUCAAGCUGUCAACCCCCACAAGUUGAGAGCACAGUGACUCAGCCUGUCCAGGUCUCCCACUGUUAUGACUCCCACUCCUCUUCCCAUCCUCAGCCACAAGGGUCUGGUAGGGCAGAACAAAGGUUUCAGAGAGAGGAAAGAAUGAAGGCAAAGAUGGUGGCCCGGGUAGCCCAGGUCUCACCUCAGGGACAAUUUGUUCAAAUGGAGGCUGAUGAGAACUGCCCAGGCUUUAGAGAGCCCUCCAGCCCUGAGGUUCCAGUCUCGGUCAACAGACAGAACAAGGCUUCAGUCUUAGCAUCAGCCAAAAAGAGAGAGAACCCCAGGAAUCCCAAAUCAGGAGACCACAGAGGAGGGGAUGCAAGAUUGGGGUCAUCCACAGUUACAGGAAAGCGCCAUCCGGCCCAGGCCAGACUAGCGGAGGUCCCUGUAAGCCGACUUUUCCAAAGAUCUUGGCAUAGGAACCAGCACUCUCUCAACACUGCUCUCCCCCAGCAGCUUCACUCUAAGGCUGCAGGUCCCCAUGAUAAGCGAGGAGCAAAGCUGAGAGCUGGUGACGUCCUGAUCCCUCGGCACUGUAAGCACUGCUGCCCUUGGGCCCAAAUGGAAAAACAUCUCUCUUCCCCCACACCUCAGCCUCCCUUUAGCAGGGGUCUCCAAAGGAUAUUUGCCAAGCUCCCGGGUACCCAUGGACCCCUGCCCACCAAAUCCAGUCAACAUGAGAAAAAAGCUGAUAGUACUGGCAUCUGUGGGCUGGGAAGACAAGCAGAGGAAAUCCUAAUAAACUAGCUAAAUUAGACAAAUCUAACUCAUGAUUUCUUUGGAGUCUGGGGUGCUGGGAAUGCCAGUUCCCUAUUAACUUCUCCAGCAACUAUAUUCCCUCAGAAUCAGGUCCCUAAGGUAGAGAGCUCAGGAUUCUGCAAGCUUAACUUUCUUCUCAAGCCCUUCACAGGCAGGUGAUCCAUCUGGGAUCCACACAUCCCUACUCUAUGGGGUGAAGCUUAAAGGCCAGGGAGCACAGUCCAGUGCUGCCCUUGAGAACUUCACAGCA